UCAUUAACUCCAUCGGAUGGCAGUACUCCGAACUCUGCAACAAUUUGUGAAAUUGAGCCAUCGUCGUCUCCUGGCGUUAGCGCAACAAAAUCGAUCUCAACUGAUAAUCGUGAUAACCAAUCACCAUUGUCGUCAUCUUCUUCGACGAGUGUGCAUCCGUUAGAGACAGCAAAUGAAUACAGACGCCGUCGUGAUAAGAAUAAUAUUGCGUCUCAAAGGUCGCGUCGUAAACGCCAAAUGAAAUUCGAAGCGUUGAAAGAGGAAGAGAUGCAGUUGAAGAAACGCAAUACAGAACUGCAUGCAAGUGUGAGUGAUUUGGAAAGACAGGUCAACAACUUGAAAGAAAUCAUGAUGAAGGCUGUCACAAGAUAA